AUGACUCCCCGCAAGCUAGAAAAGCUGCAUGGUCGACCGCCAAGAAGGCACCGACUACUAUGCGCUCCCUUCAACCUGCGCCCCCCCGACGACGACGACCCCCAGGACUGGUGGUUUGCCUCCACGGCGAUUCCUCUCAUCGCGGCGACUACUGCCCCUUUUGCGAAUGUCAUGUCUAUUGUCGCUCUGGCGAUGCCAUGGAAGAGCCACAUUGUCGAUGGCCAGACCACCCCGGACGGGGGGCUGCUAGAGGUCUCCAUCAAGGAUCCGUCAUGGUGUCUCGCUCUGAAUGCGACGUCGCUGGCCUGCGGUCUCGCCGGCAACGUCUUCCUGUUGUUCAACUUCACCCGCACCGUCCGAUACAUCCACGCCCUCCCCUUGUCCAUCAUCCUGUGGGCGCUCGCAAUGGGCAUUGUAAGUAUUCAUCGUACUAUCAUAGGAAAAAUCGCUCACAACGAACAGUUGAUUGCCAUCACGUCGGCGACAGCCAUCUACGACGGUCCUGAUGGCCCCGAGCAGAUCUUCUCCCAGGCAUACUGGUACGCCGUCAUCGCGGCAGUACAGUACUCCCUUCUCACCAUCAUCCUGAUGGUCAACAUCACCGGCUAUCUCCUCGGCCACUACCCGCAGCAUUUCGCGCUCACCGACCACCAACGCACCCUGAUCCUGCAAACGACCGCCUUCGGCGUCUGGCUGAUCAUCGGCGCCGCCGUCUUCCAACGAGUCAUCGGCAUCUCCUUUGCAGAGGGCCUGUACUUCUCCGACAUUACGAUCCUGACCCUCGGAUUCGGCGACAUCGCUCCGUCCACCACGGUCGCCAGGGGGCUCGUCUUCCCCUAUGCCGUAAUCGGCAUCAUCAUCCUCGGUCUCAUCGUCAACAGUAUCAACAAGUUCUUCCGCGAAAUCCAAGACACCAAUGUCCUGCGCAAGCACAUCGAGAAGCGCCGCGCCGCCACAUUCGAGCACGCCAGUACGCUCGAAAAUCUGCAUCCCCCCGUGGGCGCAAACAACAACCUGGACCGCGAAGCCACCCAGAUCACCUAUCGCCCGCACAACUCUCGCAAACGCCCCAUCACCAGCACCAUCACCGCCUUCUAUCACAGCACCAUCGGCCGUCCCCCCCUGGGCGAGAUGAAAGAAGAAAAAGACCGCUUCGCCGCAAUGCGCGCCAUCCAGAGCGAAACCGUCUACUUCCGCCGGUGGUACCGGCUGAUCCUGAGCGUACUUGCGUUCGGCACGCUGUGGACCUGCGGCGCCGCCGUCUUCUGGACCCUGGAGGCCAAGCUGACGUAUUUCGAAGCGCUGUACUUCGCCUUCUGCUCGCUGCUGACCAUCGGCUACGGCGACAUCACCCCCACCACCAACGCCAGCAAGCCGUUCUUCGUGGUGUGGUCGCUGCUGGCCAUCCCGACCAUGACGACGCUGAUCUCGGAAAUGAGCGACACCAUUGUUGCCGGCUUCAAACGCGCGACCAGCCUCGUCGCCGACUGGACCGUCCUCCCGAAAACGGCCCUCUACAAGGACGUUCUCAGGAAGCUGCCGCUGGUUUCUGCCGUUCUACAGCGCCGCGAGGAGCGGAGACGCGUCGAACAGGGGUUCCUCGUUGGCACCGGGGAUCUGGAGCCGAGCCGCGCAGAGUCGCCGUCCGCGUCGCAGCCGUCCACGCAGCGCGUCCGUUCAUCCGAAGGGAAAUCCACCGAAGAAACCGCUUCGCCGCAGGAUAUGGCCCGCCGACUGGCCUACGCCAUUCAGCAAACCGCGCACGAUGUCACCACCGGCCAGGCGAAGGAGUACACGUACGAUGAGUGGGUGGCGUUUACGCAGAUGAUCCGCUUCACCGACAGCAGUCCAGAUGAGCCGGUGCUAAAUGAGGAUGAGUACGGCGUGCUCAACUGGGACUGGAUUGGGCCGGGCAGUCCGUUGGUCGCGGUGCAAACCGAGCCGGAGUGGGUGUUGCACCGACUGUGCGAGAGUCUGAUUCGGUUUGUGUCGCAGCAGGGACGGGGUCCUGGGCGCAGCUCUGCGGAUGAAGAUGCCCCGACGCUGCGGAAAGAGCACGAUGUGAAGUAUGAGGAAUGA